CUUAGAGCAUCUUCUUCUUCUUCUUCUUCUUCUUCUUUCUUUCUUUCUUUUUUUUUUUUAAGAGAGAGCAUCUUGAUCUUAGUAGGGGUGAUCAAAUACCCGCGAACCCACUUGCAACCCGUAUGCCUCGCCCCUGAAAUCUUGAGUUUUAGUUGUUUUAAAAACGCCAGGACCCGCCCCGCUAAAAAUCGAAAAAUCUUACUCGGCCCUUCGUUAUUUCUAUUUUCUUCUUCUUCUUCUUGUGCUGCCUACCCUUCUUCUUCUUCUUCAUUUUCUCCUUCACCCCCUCACCCCCUUCCGCCCUUCGUCUUCUUCCCUCCAUUUCUGAGGAAGACUGGAAGACACAUUUUUUCAUCUUCCCAAAAAAAACCCUAAGUUCUUCAACUUCCAUUUUCUUCCCCUACGCCGCACAGCGCCAUGGACAUGCGGUUUCAAGACCGGGAAGAUCGGCUUCAAGACCUUCGGUUGUGGCUCCGCAAUUGCAUCAUUGUCCAUAGGGUAUCUGAAGAGGAAAAGCUCCCAAAAAACUUCGUGGAGGAGAUGUCGGAGAAGGAAAUAGUGGUUCGUUGGUGUCUUCAGCUGGAGGUCUUAACUCACGAGUCGGUGGGAUGCUUUAUGACCCAUUGUGGGUUGAACUCUACUCUGGAGGCCCUCACCUGCGGCUUUCCGAUCGUCGCAGUGCCACAAUGGACAGACCAACCCACAAAUGCCCAGUAUAUUAUGGAUUUUUGGAAGAUGAGACUGAAAGCUCCAGUUGAUGAGAAAGGGUUAGUCAGUCGAGAAGCAGCAGAACAUUGCAUCAGAGAAAUAAUGGAGGGGAAGAGAGGAAAAGAGAUAAAGAAAAAUGCCAUAAAAUUGAGGAAAAUGGCCAAAGAAGCGAGGGUGGAAGUUCUGAUAAGAACAUUGAAGAAUUUGUAGCCAAAUUGGUUCACUCCUAAGCUCUAGACACAAGUUUCAUGUCCAUUUCCUAAUUAAUAACUGUGGAAUGGUUUAAAUUGUAAAAAUUUAUGGGCCUUACUCACUCUCAAAAGACACCUUGAGAGAAAAAUGAUGUCCAUGGCUUAUAAAGUCUAUAAGACAAGGAUCUCUUAGCAAUGUGGGACACUUUAACACGCCCUCUCACGUGUGACAUAUUUGGCCAAACACGUGUUCAACAACGGGAGGGAAAGGUCCAUCAUUGUCAAAGAAACCUGCUCUAAUACCAUGUAAGGCCCAUGGACUUUUACAUGGUUGACAAUGAUGGGCCUUUCCCUUCCGUUGUUGAACACGUGUUUGACCAAAGAUGCCACACGUGAGAGGGAGUGUUAAAGUGUCCCACAUUGUUAAGAGAUCCUUGUCUUGUAGACUUUAUAAGCCAUGGACACCUCCUCCUCUUUCAAGGCGUCUUUUGAGAGUGAAUAAAGCCCGUAGACUUAUACAUAAA